GAACCAUAACGCUGCAUAACUUCAACUUCGUGGUUGACAAGUACGUGUCGUGUAUGUUGCGGCACGUACGAAGUUGAUACAUGUACGACAGAAGUUUCCGUGAUAAAUGCAUGGAGAUGCAUGACAAAAUGCGUGAAAAUAGGAGUACAAAAGCUUACAGACAUAAGAAGGCUUCUAAUCCAUAAAGGUAUGGGAAAACCUGAUAUAGCCACCAUUACUGCUUUUGAAUGUAGAAGUAUUUUAGAUUCUAUUCAAAACGAAUAUGAACAGCGGCAAAAAGAAGACAGCAUUUUGAGCAAAUUACAAGAGGAUCUAGCUGAUCUUAUAGCACAGCGAAACAUCUUAGCAAAACGAAAAGAAUUUAAUGAGAAGUACUGUGUUCUGUGUUGCUCAGCAUUCAAUUUGCUGUUCAAAAGGAAAGUAUUUUGCCAAGACUGUAAUUUUUGGAUUUGUCGGUCAUGUUCACUCUGGGAUAAUUCUUCUAAGCACUGGUUGUGCAAAGUUUGCGAAAAACAAAAACUUCUAGAUGCUGAAUCUCGUGCAUGGAUAUGUAAUCGUGUAAAGGCUAGUUUUGGUAACUUUGGAGCUGCCAAAGCUUUGCACAGUUUUUGCCGCUCAAGAAGGAUUUCUGAUAGUGAAAAUGAUUCUGGAUAUGGAACAGCUGGUGAUUUUAUACCAUUAAUGAAAUUACUAAGCUCUCAUUCAUUGAACAAAGAACUAAAAAUGUCUGAAAUAUCUCAUGAUGAAGAUUGUGAAGAUGAUGAUGAUGAUGUUGGUGAUGAAGAAGAAUUAGCUGAAAUUCAUCAUAGCAUUGAAACUAUUCUGGAAGGCCUUCUUGGAGGAACGUUAGAUGAUGCUUCUGUUGAUUAUCUGUACCCAAACUCAUGUUUAUAUAUAAAUUUAUUUUCUGCAUAUCAUGUCAGACUUGUUGAAGUAAUCCAAAACCUAUCAAAAGCAUUGCAAAAGGCAUUACACAAUUUACCUUCUGAAAAUGGUAUUACACCUACAACUGCUCAUGCUGCAUUAAAAAAUGUUAUUGCUGCUCUUGUUGAGGAGUGUCAAGAUUUACCUCCAUUACAGGUUUCUGAGCAAGGGGAGUGUGAAUCCAAUAUAAUUUCAAAUGUUGAUUUUGCUGAAAUAUUUUCUUCAUAUGACAGCUUGGUUGCUGCUGCUGUUAUAAAUAAGAUUGUUGAAGAAAGUCAAUCUAAAUUUAAGGCAAGUGUAUAUAAUUCAUUAGAAGAAAAUCCUAAGAUAGAAGAAAAUGAAAAAGUGUAUCGUCAGUCAACAGAGCAUAUCAGUGAAGAGGCUUUUGAGAAUAUUGUUUCAAGUGCAACUGGUUUUAAUUUACCUGUUGAAUGUGUGCAAAUUGAAGAAAUCGAAGAAAUAACACAAGAAUUUACAGAUUCUGAAGAUGAUAAGCUUAGCAGCAUUAGUAAGUGGUCAAACAGUUUGCAAAGUGUAGAAGAAGUUGGCAUUCAAAAACAUCCUGACAUUGAUCCUUUCCUUGGUAUGGAUCCUUCAAAUAAUGUCCCUACUCCAUUUCCUGAAUUUGGUUGUGAUUUGGUAGAUGAUCCAGAAAAUAAAGAUUGUGGAAUUACAUGCCAUUCUACAGCUGUAACAUCAUGGGAAGAUAAUUGGUUGUUCCGAAAGAAAAAACGCCUACCUCUGUACAGCAAUUUAAAAUAUCAGCUUUUAACAUAUUGUGAUGAACCUCCCUGUAUGCUAAUACCUUGUCCAACUGAAACAACAGAUAAUGUUGAAUCUGAUGAGUUUUCUUCUGAGUUGUCAGAGACACAUUCUGCAGGUUCACUAGAAUUUUCUAGUGAUCCUGAUGAUUUAAAAUUAGAAAAUGAAAAUUUUGAACUGAGUAGUAAAUUGUACAAUGAAGCUACAUCUAAGUCAUUAACUCCAGCUGUCAUUGAUCCUAGUCCUGAUACUGAAAUAAGUGAACUGCCUGACGUUCAGUUUCUUGAAUCACAGCUAAAUGUAGAGUGCCAAGUAAAUGAAUCAAAAAGUGAGAAAAUAGUAAACUUAGGUAACGCAGUUGCAUCAAAAGAAUUAGGUACAGAACAUGAACCAAGUCUUCCAUGUGAAGAGGAACAUCUUAGUCAUCCAUGUGAAGAAAAACAAGCUGAAUCAUAUUCUCCUUUGGUUGAAAAUGUGUGCAUAAGUACUCCUCCUCGACCAGGCACAAUUGCUGAGCGAGAACACAAAAAAUGGCUGAAUGCUAUUCCUUUAAAAAAUAAUCCUUACAGUGCAGAAAAUAUAUCAAAAAGACUUAGUUAUUCAAAAAAAGCUAUUUUAAAGGAACCCAUUUCAUCAUUUGAAGAAUUUGAGCGUAAACUGUCUGUUUCAUCAGAAACUUCAGAAUCUGCCAUGAAUAAGCUAAACUGUGGUCCGAAAUCAAUAGAUAGUGAACUUUAUAAAAGGGAUUAUUAUGUAAACAAAGAUUAUGAGAUUCAAGGUGGAAAUAUAUAUCCUGUGAAAAAAUCAAAAUCUAUGUGUUCUAUAAAUGAUGACGGCUUUGAUGCACUUUCCGAAGAAGCACUGAAUUCUUUUGAAGAAAAGGUUUAUAUCAGCUCUGGGAAAGUUUUCACAUUAGAAAACCAUGUUAAAAGACUAGAGCGUGAACUAAAGGAUUUAUCUCCAUCUUCUGAAACUCCAUUGCAGCUGGAUGAGCAACGAAGGAAUGAAAUUUCCAUAAAUAAUGCAAAUCCUACUUCAGAUGAGGAGAGCUUGCCCCUUCCAUCUGUUAAGUGCCUUGCUACAAAAUUUUCACCCAACGGUAAACAAGUUAUUUUAGAAGAGAAAUCAGUUGUUACAGAAGACAAAGUGUCAAAUAAAACGGAAGAAAAACUUAAGAAAAGUAGACCAUGCAUGAAAGUUCAUAGUUUAACAGCUCGCAGUUUAUCAAGGGAAUUCCGUGAUCUAGCUAAGCAAAACCUCCCCAAACCUAUGAACAGGACUAUUCAGGUGCCUUCCCAUAGUUGUGAUGAAGGCACAAGUGAAAGGGAAAGUUUAUGUAGCCCAGAAUCAGUGCAAAGUUCUUUCAGUGCAGCUCAUACUGAUAUUGGUCAUGGUUAUACAUCUGACGAGAGCAAUACAAGUACGAAUUCCAUUCCCAGGUCAAAAGUACGAAGGCACAUAUCUAGAUCCAUUCUUCAGAGAGCUUCUUAUUGGGAAAGAAGAGCUGAACAAGGUUUACUUAGUGAUGCCUCUGUGAGUGAAGAAUUUCCAGGCAUAGAUAUCAAUCCUGAAUAGUAUUAGUAUAAAUGUUUUUACCCAAAACCAAAUUUAGUCUCAUUCUUGAGCUCAGUUAAUGCUGAAUGUUCUACAGGAUUAUUUUUCUUACAUUACAGAUAGUUAAUAUUUUGUUAAAAGAAUUUUUAGUUAGUUUCAAGUUAUCCAAGUAACAAUUUUUAUAAUUCUUUCCUUACAUAAAAUUACAUAUUCUUGGUUAAGUCAUCUGUUACAGUUAUUGCACUGCUCAUUAUAGUCUGUGUAAUAAAAAUAAAAGUUUUAAAUGUGAUUCAGCUAAACUGCUGCAACUAUCUGAAAACAUUCUAGGUGACUGAACAAAUUGUAAUUUUCAAAAACGUGGACCUAGGUAAAUUAAAAGUUGGUGAGGUGAUGAAGUAGCCUUAAAUUAGUUGAACUCAUAUGGACCAGCAAAACUGUUCAUGUUAUCUAAAAUUUCCAGAAAUAGUUUCUUACUUUCAUAAUUUCUACUUUUGUUCAAAUUAAUUGAAAUUUUGAGUUAAAGAGUGUUAAUUGUAUUCACAAAAGUUCUUUCAAUGUUCAUUAUGAAAUGUUUUCUUUUUUUUUUUUUUUUUUUUUUUUUCAAAAAGUAUUUUAAUUUUGGUAGGUUAACUGAGAUAUACUACGCAGUAGAUGUGUAUGCAACGAGGAGUAAUGCAGAGUCAAUUACAUUCAUUUUAUGAUGCAAUACGUCAAGCAUUUCUGUAUGAAGCAAUUUUUUUUUUUUUUUUUAUAUAUAGUGGUUUCACAUGGUUUUAAACUAUUCUCAUUACAUUCUGCAUUUAGAUUUUUUAAAAAUCUAAUGUUUCACAAUAUACAUAGUAAGUAAGAAAAAGCUUCAGCAAAACUUGUAAUAAAAGUUUUGCCAAAAAUGUCAUAUUCAAGCAUAUUCUGUUCCUUCCCCCCCCAGCAACAGUUAGGUACUUGGCCUUCCUACUAAGCUUUGUUAUAUUAUGUUCCUCCUACCGUUGCUUAUUUCCAUUAGCUUGAAUGUAGACUUCCUUGCAUGAUAGCAAGUAUUCUAUUUUUUCUCACGCACAUACUUCUGUGCAGAAUUUCAUCUAUUACUUGGUGCAUCUUUUAUAUUCUACCUCUGGUAGAUUUUGUGCAGCAUUUUGUUAAUAUUGUUGAUGGUUUUAUUUCAUGUUUUUUAUAUGUUAAAAUGCAUUGUUUAUGUUUAUUGUUAUUUUACAAAAUAAUAUACUUUUUUAAAUUUUGUGUUAGGUUGCCAUGUUAUGCUUGAUCUUACUAUGUUUUAAUUAAUAGUGUAGCAAUUUUUAAAUCAAUUUCAAUACAGGGUAUGAAUUUUACAUUAUUUUGUGCUUUCCUAAAUGUCCAAAGUAAAUUUUAUUACUGAAACUUGCACAUGGAUGGGAAAAACAGAAUUUUUUUUUAAUUGUUUUGUUUUCAAACUUUUGUUCACAAUAUUUGGUUAUAUUCUGAAAUAUUAUAUUAAAGUAAAAUUACUGUAUCAGCUUACUAAAUACACAGAGUACGUAAUUUGCAAGUACAAAUUAGCUUUUCUUGAAUACAUAGGUUGGGGCAAAAGUCAUGGCAACUAUUUUUUUCCUUGAAGAUACCAGUCCGGUUGAAAAAUGUGACAUAUACAGACGAAAGGACAAGGUCUUAACUACAUGUGUGGACAAUGAAUAGCAUUGAAAUAUCGUAACACAUGAAUUUAUUAUGGUAGUAUACAGAGCAAUAUAGCCUUCACCGUGCAAAAGAAUGAUAAUACAAUACACAUAAAGUUGACAUGAGAAACCUGGGCCUAAAGACCCUCAAUGUAGUCCCCUGCUACUGUCACCACACGCUGCUAACGAUGUGGGAGGCGCUGAAUACCAUCAGCCUCAGCAUUUGCUGCACCAUGUGUGAAUCGGGUCAUCUGUUGGCGCACAGCAUUAGAAAUCUCCUCUCGUGUUGCAAACCGCCAACCACGUAUUGGUUCCUUAAUUUUGGGAAUGAGAUCAAAGUCACAGGGGAAAGGUAAGGAGAGUACGGUGGGUGCUCCAAUUCUUCCCAUCCCCAACGUCGGAGUAGCUGCCAUACACACUCUGCUUUAUUUGGUCUUACAUUGUUGUGCAGAAUUUAUUGCACUGUCCACAAGAUCCGGACGUUUUAUCCUGAAUGCCACGUCGUACCUGUCGCACCCGGAAGUCUCUGUACUACUGUGCAGUCAUCGUUCUUCCAUGAGGAACAAAGUGGCAAACAAUGACACCCUUCACGUCAUAUACGACGAUCACCAUCAAUUUGACUGAGGAAGGAUUUUCACGCUAGCUCAUUAUGCAAUAUCCUGUGGAUGGUGUGUUUCUCGAUGCUACUUGCCCUCUCUAACUCCAGUAAUGUCCAUCGUCUGUCUUCAUCCAUGAGAUGCUCAAUGAUGGCACGUGCCAAGUCGGUCCGCACACUCACCGGUCAUCCCGAACGUUGCUCAUCACUGGUUUACACACGUCCUUGCUGAAACUUUCCUACCCACCGUUCUACUGUACGAUAUGGUAAGGCAUUCCCAAGGGCUUCUACUAAUUCACUGUGACAUUCCAUAUCGCAUUUCUCCGUCAGAGAACGGCUAUUUUGAUGUAAGCGCGCUGCUCAACACGGGUUACUUCCAUCUCGCACAGCACUCACCAACUGACUGAUUUCAGAGCCCUCACUACCACAAAGCCAUCUGUUGUUCUGCACACACACUAAGCCUGCAGAACUUCCACACAACAGAUAUACGUUUUGUGAUCCAUUCACAUAUCCGUUCCAUGACUUUUGCCCCAACCCUCGUAUAAACAUUUAGUGAAAAUCUUUUAUUAAGAAAUGAUUUAAAACUGCUACUAGUACUUAUAAUGCUUUACAUGCAUUUACAUUAAAAAAGAUCCUUCAAUUUAAGCCUUGUAGUUUGAUUCUUAAGAACUGUGUUUUUAAAAAAAAUAUUGAAUUUUGUUUGAUGAUUUUUAGAUAAUAAUUCUUUUGAUGGGUAAUGCUCAACCUUUUUUUUUUUUUUUUUUUUUUCAUUACAUAUUUGAUUCUGCUCAUUAAGAUGUUAAUGCUGUUAAUUUUCAUCAGUCGGUCUGUUAAUGAAACAAUAUGCAAUUUAUAUAAAAUGUUUUAUUUUUCAUACAUUAACAGCAUUUGGAAAACUAUUUAUUUUAUAAUGUACCUUGCAUAAGAACAGCACAUUAUAUCAUAUAUCUUGUCAGAAAUUUUUGUUAAUGACUUAAGUUGUUUUGAUUAUAAUGAAUUGCGUUACUUAAGUAUGGGAAUGCGCACCUUGAAGAUAAAUUAGCAGUACUGCAAAAUUCAAAAUGAAUUUCUAUUUUUGAUUAUUUAUAUUAAAUAUUCAAAUGUUUCAAAUUAUGGUAAUGUGUUCGAUUUUUAUAAUUUAUUUUGUUUCAUUAAUAUUAAAAGUGUAUGCAGCCAAUCCUGUUGGGGGACUUUAAACAAUUCUUGUCCAUUUUAACAUACAGUUUAUGAGAUUAUACCAGAAUUAGAAUUAAUUGUGUUCUUUCAUAUAUAGGUUUAUAGAUAUUUAACUAAACCGAAUUAUACUGUAAAAAUUCUCAUCAUUUUCUGGAAUAUUUUUACAAUAGUUACACAAUUUUUUCAGUGAUCAAUGUCUGAUUUGUCCAUUCUUAUUAAUUUGUUCUUGUUAUAAAAUAAUUAAUUACUAAUUUUCUUUCAUUUCUUUCUCCAGUUCCAUUUAAGCCUUAAAUUAAAAUUAGAAGGUAAGCUUAAUUAAAAAAUUAUAUAUUUUAAUAACAUAAAGGCAGAAAGUGUUAACUAUUCUUGUUUUUUAAAAGUAUAUUCAAUGUAUAUCGAAGUCAGUAAUUAACAGGUUAUUCAAAUAUUACAUAUAGAAGAAAUAUUAAGAGUGAAAAUAUGUAUUAUGAGUGUAUGGAUUUUUCUUGUGUGUUUUAUGUAUCAAGAUGAAUUUCAUUUCCUUUCCUUUCCCCACCCCCAAAGGAGUUGCUUAAAAUCAUGGGUAGCUUGUAUUUUUUGUAUUCCAAUAAAGACAUAUCUUUUAUUUUUUUUAAGUUUAUGUGGUGUUCUAUCAUUUAGCAGUAUUAUAUUUUAAGGAUAUAUGUAUUAUUCUUCCAAUUACUGUUGUUAAACUAUUUUGUAAAUAUUGUAAAUUUGUUUUAUUUCAGACAGUAUUCUGAUAUUUUACUGCAAUAAAGUCUUAUUUUAAGACUUCCUGUUCUAUAUUAUUAUUACAAAUGUACUUAUAUUUAUACAUGUACAAGAAUUCCAAAUCUUUGCAAUGAAAAUGUGUGUCAUAUUUCAUAAUAGUAUUAAUGCGAAGAUUUGAAAUUAUUUAGAUUGUUUAACUAGAAUAAAAUUAUAUUUUAAUACUUUUUGGUCUCUUUUAUAAAAUAUUUUUCUCCAGCACAUUCAUAUAGUAACUCAUUUUUUUCUGCACAAAUUAAAACUCAAAUACAGCCAACAUUCAUAUAUGCACUUGAUAGUAAUAUAAGCAAUUAGCAAUAGUUUUGAAGCAGCAAAUGGCUAUUUUUUCAGCAAGAUUUAUUUUUAGUGAUUAGUUAGUUCUGUAAGCAAGUAUAUAUGUACAAUCUGCUAGCAUAAGAAUGUUACUGCAGCAAAUGCAUCUGUGCAAGCUCCGUAUUUAAAAUUUUUUGGUUGCUAGUAGUUACCUCAUCAUAAAUUUUAUGUCAGUAACUAGACUGCGUUUUAGUUGCAUUAUUAUCAUUAUUUAAAAAAAAAAAAAAAAAAAAAAAACCGGUUUAAAAAAAUAUUUUUCUCAAAUUUUCUAUUAAAAAAAGUGUUUGAAAAUAGUAACAGACUGCACAUAAAAGUAGAUGUUGGGGGGGGGGGGGGAAUGUGUUUGAUUCUAAGACUUUUAAUUAAUUAUGGUCUAGAUUUCAAUGCAGACAAAAGUUAGAUUUUCAGACAAUUUAAUUUUAAAAAAAUUUACAUUUUUUCAAAAAUGAAAGCAGUAUACAAAUGUAUUAAAAACAUGAGCCCAAUAUUCACAAUACUACAGUAACAUUCAGAAAAUAAAAAGAAAUUACUAGUAAGCACGAAAAAUUUACUUACAUAUAUAACUGACAUAAUAAGUGAAACAAAUACUGUAAUCUACCAUUUAAAAGGUAGCAUUCUUAUAAAUCACAAGCAUUUUAAAAAUUUAAGUUUUUUACAUAAUUAUGAAUAUGGAAAUUUCAUUUAAAAAAACUGCUGCGAAGAAAAAUAUAAAAUUUAAAUAUAAUUUUAACACAUUGAUGAAAACAUUCAUAUUUAUAAAAUUAAUAAAAAUUUUAUGCUAUAUGAAUUUCUUAAAUAGUAAUCUAAUUAAUAUAUAUCAGUAUAUUUCACCGUUAAAAAAUUCAUAAAAAUCAACUAAAAUGUUAUACAGAAACCAAAACUAUAGUGUUUUAAAUACACUUGAAGAUAUACAAAUAUUAUAAAUGAUAUUUUUUAUUAUAUACAGUAAAAGCAAAAUUUACACUUAUAAUGUAUAAGAAAGUUUUGUAAAAAAUUUACAGUUUUAUAAGAAAAACUGGCAAUUUAAAAAUAACUACAGAGAUAUGUAAUAAGACUUAUAAGAAAAGCAUUAAGAACAAAUACCUAAUAAAUGCAUUUACAUGUUUCUUAUACUGUAUGCAACCUAUUUUAAUAAAUGGAAAAGAACUGCCAAUAUGAACUUCAAGAAAAUUUCAACCUUGGAUUGAAAAUGAUUUUAUAGAACAGCUAUAUAUAUUAUGAGAAAAUGAUGUCUUUUCAAAAUAUUUUUGCACUUUCAAGAAGAGAGAACUGUGUCAUAUUCCCUUAAAAUGCAUACAGUUUUUUACAAAGCUAAUAUUAACCUAAGGUAGAAUUUUGUCUAAUUUGAAAUGGUUAGUAAAUGUAGAAAUAUAGAGAGAAAGAAUUUGAUCAAACUUUAUUUUCCUUAAAUUUGGUUUAAAUAUUUAAAAAGAAAUUCAACCACUUAAAAGUGCCUUUUCGAAUUUAAUUAACAAGUUCUUUUUUUUUUUUUUUAGUAAAUAUUAAUCUUAUUAUUAAUGGUGAUUCCUCCCCUAAUUUUAUUUUAAUAUUUUUUAUAUUAAUUAUAUGUUCUAAAACACUGAUCCAAUUAGUUUUUAAUAGUUUGCAUUCUGAACAAUAUAUACAUAUAAAUAACAUAUGCUACAAUUAAUUAUUCAUUUUGGUUUCAGAUUAUGCAAUGCCAAUUCAGUUUUGUUUUAACUUCACCAUUACUUUAUGCAAAGCAACUAUUGUGUUUUUCUUCCUGAGGUAUUCAUGUAUUACCAGAUUCUGUAGUAAUUAUAUUGUUAUUUAUAUUUUAAAAAGUAUUUGCUUAAGUUCUUCAUAUAUAAUUGAUAUAAUGAAAGGGAGAUCAAAAAGAUGUUUAAGAUCCAACUUAUAUUCAAUUGAUAUCAUAAAAACAUCAGGGAAUGGAACAGUGGUAUGCAUGAUGAUAUUUUCAUUUGUUAAUUUCAAUGUUACUGUACAUUAAAUAAUCCAAACAAAUAAUGAGAACUUACCAUUCGGUCAUUGAUGACUUGGAUUAGGUGCAUAGCAUCAGUUCUUUCCAGUUUUAACUAAAUUAAGUAUCAGGUCUAUGCUCAUCAAAUGCAACAGAAUUUAAAUUUCUUUUAGUUAUUCAUAACAUAUAGUCAAUGCAUAAUGUAACUCAGUGGGGGUAUAAUCAAUGGCAUGUUCUUAACUAAAUAGGAAGAUUAUCUUUUUUAAAACAUAGAUAAAAAAAGGCUCAUUCAGAUUUUUUAGAUGGUUCUUUUAAAUUUUUUAGGAAAAAAAAAAGACAUGUAAUUAAAAUGAAAGCAUAAUAUAAUAUUGUUGAAUAAUAUAGAAUAAAGAAUUGAAAAAGAAUAAUAUAUUAUUAUAUAUUACACAAGUAUAAACCAAACUUGUACUCUGAUGACUUUUUUUGUAAUGUAAAUGGCUGUUAUAAAAUUACUCCAUAAUAUUCAUCAUAGUUUUAAUGUGUUACUUAUUACAUAUUAAGUAUGAAAUACAUUACACAAAUUUCGAGUGUACAUGAAGUGCAAAAAUAUGCUUGGAGCAUAAACGGUUAAUUGUAAUCAAUGCAAUUUCAACAGCUACUUAAGUAAUUAACAUUUAGCUGCACAAAUGUUUUUCAUUUACUGACCAUAAAGAUGUAUAUGUGUUUAUAGUAACAUUGGCAAGAUAAAAACCAUCCAUUCAGUACAAAGUUAAUGACAAUCACCACAAAAAAAAAAAAAAAAAA